CUUCUACUCAAAUCACAAUUGUAUGUAAUCGUGUGCUUCAAAUUAUCUUCGAGAUGAAGAUAUGUUAUGUAAAUUUCAGGGACAGGAAUUCCAGCCACUUUAUUUCUUCCAUGCUGUUCAUACUCUUCCUUUGCACCGAGUUGGCUUUUUGCGGUACAGAAGCAGAAGCCAUAGGAGUAUGCUAUGGAAGGCUGGGUGACAACUUACCAUCUCCAGUGGAAGUGGCUGCCAUGUACACUUCCAACAGGAUUGGCAAAAUGAGAAUAUAUGAUGCUGAUCAGGAGACUCUCAAAGCAUUCCAAAACACAGGCAUAGAAGUAACAGUGGGAGUCCCAAAUGAGAAGCUCCCUAACAUUGCAUCCAGCCAAGACAUAGCAAAGCAGUGGGUUAUAGACAACAUUCAGCCCCACUACCCCACAACCCAGAUCAAAUACAUCUCAGUGGGAAAUGAGAUUCUACCUGAUACUCCCUACACAGCCAAUCUCUUUCCUGCCAUGAAAAACAUCUACAGUGCACUCCAAUCCAUGGAUCUACAGAACCAAAUCAAGGUCUCUACAACAAUACCCAUGUCUGUUCUUAACAAAUCUUAUCCUCCCUCUGCGGGAACCUUCAGCCCUAAAAUCACCCCAAUCAUGCAGUCCAUCUUGAACUUCCUGUCACAAACAAAGUCCCCCUUUAUGGCAGAUGUAUACCCCUAUUUUGCCUAUGUCUCUGAUCCCACAGACAUUUCUCUGGCUUAUGCCCUGUUCCAAAGGCAAACCCCCAAUGAAGUGGGGUACAAGAAUUUGUUUGAUGCAAGUGUGGAUGCUCUCAUUUAUGCCAUGGAAGCUUUGGGUCAUUCAGACAUUCCUAUUGUUGUUGCUGAAAGUGGGUGGCCUUCUGAUGGGAAUGCUAAUGGUGGUGCAAAUAUAACAAAUGCAAAGAUUUACAAUAAUAACUAUAUCAAGCAUAUUUUGUCUGGACAAGGGACUCCCAAGAGGCCUAACCAGAUAUUGGAGGCUUUUGUGUUUGCCCUGUUUAAUGAAGAUUUGAAGCCUGGAGAUAUCACUGAGAAGCAUUUUGGGCUCUUUCAGCCUACUAAAGCAGAAGUUUACCCUGUGAACUUUACAGGUUAAAAUCUACAGGAUUGCAUGUUUUUUCCCCAUAUUUUAUAAGUGCUGUGUGAGGUUUAUGCAUUAAUAACUAUGGUAUUGAGUCUAUGGACUGCUCCCAAAGGACAAGUCAAAUCCAAUGUUCUCAAUAGAACUGUAUGAGCAAUUAUACAUAUAAUAUGUAAUAAUAAAAUGUCUAGAAAUGAGUACUUAUGA